AUGAACCGCCGGGCCCUGAAGCUGAAGGAGGAGGAGUGCGGGCUCUGCCACCGGGCUGACUCCGACCCCGACACCUAUGGGCAGAAAUGCCAGCAGGGUAAGCUGUGUGUGCACGAGAACUGCCUGUACCACGCCAGCGGGCUGGUCCAGAGGGGGAAGGAUGAGGAGGGAUUUUACGGGUUCCUGUAUCCGGACAUCAGGCAGGAAUUGAAGCGGGCAGUUCAGAAGACCUGCUGUGUGUGCGGCUGCAAAGGGGCGUCCGUUGCCUGCCAGGGCAGGAAGUGCACCAAGAACUUCCAUUUCCCCUGCGGCUCCGAGAGAGGCUGCAUCUAUCAGUUCUUCGGGGAGUUUAAAUCCUUCUGCUGGAAGCACCGGCCAGGGCAGCGAGUGAGACGGCGGCAGCAGCAGGCGGAAACCAUCUGCAUCAUCUGCUUGGAGUCCAUGCCAGGCAAACCCUCCUACAGCGCCAUGGUGUGCCCGGCUUGCAAGCACGCCUGGUUCCACCGAGGCUGCAUCCAGGUGCGAAUCCUUUUCCCGCGCUGGUUCCUGGGGGGACACGCUCUCCGCGCUGCCUUGUACCAUUUCCGAUGCCCCAGGUGCCGGGACAUGGGGACAUUCCAAAGGGAGAUGUUUCGAAUGGGCAUCAAAAUCCCUGACAGGGACGCCGCCUGGGAGGAAGACGGCGCGUUCAGCGACCAGUAUCACAGACACAGCCGCUGUGACGCCGGCUGCUGCCUGUACGUGGGCGGCAGAGAGCAAUCCGCAGAACCACGGAAACCCAAGGGAGUUAGGAGCCUGGGGACCCUCGGCGGAUCUGGGCCUCCAGCUGGGAGAUGCCGACACCGACCUCUUUGCUUUCGCAGCCCGUGGGAGCUGCUGCUGUGCCACUCGUGUGGCUCCCAGGGGACCCACCGCCGCUGCUCCUCGCUGGGGGCCACCAGGGGCCCGUGGGAGUGUGAGGACUGCGCGGAGCCAGCCGGGGCGG